AUGGAUAUCCGAGGUGUCCUUCUCUCGAUCCUGGUCGUCACUGUGAUUGCGCAGCACGCCAAUUUCGGAUACGAGCGGCUUGGAGAGCGUCGCGAUCAUCUCCCCCCUAUCCCUGGAAUGGGUUUCAUUCAAACAUUUCUGUACGACACGGUGAACAUCAUUCACGAGAUCGGCCACUGGCUGGCGGCGAACACCACCGCCUUGGAGUGA